AGUUCGCGCGACUGAGGCGCGAGCGGCGGCGCCGGACGGGCCGGGAGGGCUUAGCCUCCGGGGCUGCGGCUCCAGCCCGGACCGCGCCGCGCGGCUUUCCCAUACUUCUGGCCCAGCCCCGGCUGGGAGGAGGACCCCGCGGGAAGCGUGCGGCGCUCCCGGCACUUUCCGGAGGUGUUUCUUGGUGCCUGCCGGGAGACUGACUUUGCGCGCUCUCAGGCUGACCUGUCCGAGCCCUAACACCCGGACCAUGCACACAGCCGGGCCCCCCGGGAUCGGCUCCCGCGCGCGCCGGACAGCCAACGCCACCAGCUUUCAGCCAAUACCUCCGCCGCCGCCCCGGCUGCUGCUGCUGCUGCUGCUUCUCCUGUCACUGGUAAGCCGCGUCGCGGCACAGCCCGCUGCCACCGGCCGGGCGUUGCUGUCCCCGGGUCUCGCGGGGGCUGCGGGGGUCCCUGCCGAGGAGGCCAUAGUGUUGGCGAACCGCAGACUCCGGGUGCCCUUCGGCCGUGAAGUCUGGCUGGAUCCGCUGCACGACCUGGUGUUGCAGGUGCAACCGGGGGACCGCUGUUCGGUGACCGUACUAGACAACGACGCGCUGGCCCAGCGGCCGGGCCGCCUUAGUCCCAAGCGCUUCCCGUGUGACUUCGGCCCUGGCGAGGUGCGCUACUCGCACCUAGGCGCGCGCAGUCCUUCGCGGGACCGCGUCCGCCUGCAGCUGCGUUACGACGCGCCCGGAGGGGCGGUAGUGCUGCCGUUGGUGCUGGAGGUGGAGGUGGUCUUCACCCAGCUGGAGGUUGUGACUCGGAACUUGCCUUUGGUCGUGGAAGAACUGCUGGGGACCAGCAAUGCCCUGGACGCGCGGAGCCUGGAGUUCGCCUACCAGCCCGAGACGGAGGAAUGCCGCGUGGGCAUCCUGUCCGGCUUGAGCGCGCUGCCUCGCUAUGGAGAACUCCUCCACUACCCGCAGGUCCCUGGAAGUGCCAGACAGGGAGGCGUCCCGGAGCCUCUCCUGAUGGACUGUAAAGCUUUCCAGGAGCUAGGCGUGCGCUAUCGCCACACAGCCCCCAGUCGCUCACCAAACAGGGAUUGGGUGCCCAUGGUAGUGGAGCUGCGUUCUCGAGGGGCUCCUGUGGGCAGCCCGGCUUUGAAACGCGAGCACUUCCAGGUGCUGGUGAGGAUCCGAGGAGGGACCGAGAACACUGCACCCAAGCCCAGUUUUGUGGCCAUGAUGAUGAUGGAGGUGGACCAGUUUGUACUGACCGCCCUGACCCCGGACAUGCUGGCAGCUGAGGAUGCUGAGUCUACCCCUGACCUGCUGAUCUUCAACCUCACCUCUCCGUUCCAGCCUGGCCACGGCUACUUGGUGAGCACCGAUGACCGCAGCCUGCCCCUCUCCUCCUUCACUCAGAGGGAUCUGCGCCUCUUAAAGAUUGCCUACCAGCCCCCCUCUGAGGACUCUGACCAGGAGCGUCUCUUUGAACUGGAGCUGGAAGUGGUGGACCCGGAAGGAGCAGCCUCAGACCCCUUUGCUUUCAUGAUAGUGGUGAAGCCCAUGAACACACUGGCUCCGGUCGUCACCCGGAACACUGGUCUUAUUCUCUAUGAGGGUCAGUCUCGGCCCCUCACAGGCCCCGCAGGCAGUGGACCACAAAACUUGAUCAUCAGUGAUGAGGACGACCUAGAAGCAGUGAGGCUGGAGGUCGUGGCUGGGCUCCGGCAUGGUCACCUCGUCAUUGUGGGUGAUUCCAGUGGCAACACUGCUCCCAAGACCUUUACAGUGGCUGAGCUGGCAGCUGGCCACGUGGUGUACCAGCAUGAUGACAGAGAUGGCUCACUGAGUGACAACCUGGUGCUUCGCAUGGUGGACGGAGGAGGCAGGCACCAGGUCCAAUUUCUGUUCCCCAUCACCUUAGUGCCUGUGGACGACCAGCCACCUGUCCUUAAUGCCAACACGGGGCUGACACUGGCAGAGGGUGAAACAGUGCCCAUACUGCCCGUUGCUCUGAGUGCAACUGACAUGGAUUCAGAUGACUCUCUGCUGCUUUUUGUGCUGGAGUCGCCCCCCUCAGCUGCAGGGCAUCUGCUUCUCCGUCUAACUCAUCCUCCCCAUGAGGAGCAGGAGCUUCUCAGGGGCCUUUGGAGGAAGCAGGGAGCAUUCUAUGAGCGAACAGUGACAGAGUGGCAGCAGCAGGACAUAACGGAAGGGAGGCUGUUCUACAGGCACUCUGGGCCCCAUAGUCCUGGAGCAGUCAUGGACCAAUUCACCUUUAGAGUCCAGGAUAACCAUGACCCCCCUAAUCAGUCCGGGCUACAGAGGUUUGUGGUACGCAUUCAUCCUGUGGACCGCCUCCCUCCAGAGCUGGGCAGCGGCUGUCCCCUUCGAAUGGUGGUGCAGGAAUCCCAGCUCACACCACUGAGGAAGAAGUGGCUGCGCUACACUGACAUAGACACAGAUGAUCGAGAACUGCGUUACACGGUGACCCAGCCCCCCAUGGACACAGAUGAAAACCACUCUCCAGCCCCACUGGGCACCUUGGUACUGACUGACAACCCCUCAGUCGUGGUGACCCAUUUUACCCAAGCCCAGAUCAACCACCAUAAAAUUGCUUACAGACCCCCAAGUCAGGAGCUGGGAGUGGCUGCUCGGGUGGCCCAGUUCCAGUUCCAGGUGGAGGACCGAGCUGGGAAUUGGGCUCCAGGCACCUUCACCCUUUAUUUGCAGCCAGUGGACAACCAGCCACCUGAGAUCCUCAACACCGGCUUCACUGUUGAGGAGAAGGGCCACCACACCCUGAGGGAGACCGAGCUGCAUGUGAAUGACGUAGACACUGAUGCUGCCCACAUCACGUUCACUCUCACACAGGCACCCAAACAUGGCCACAUGCGAGUAUCUGGACAGGUCCUGCAUGUACGGGGGCUCUUCCGCUUGGAGGACAUAAAACAGGGCCGAAUUUCCUAUGCCCAUAACGGAGAUGCGUCCCCGACUGACAGCUGCUCCUUGGAAGUCAGCGACAGACACCAUGUGGUGCCCAUCACUCUCAGAGUGAAUGUCCGGCCAGUGGACGAUGAGGUGCCCAUGCUCAGCCUUCCUACUGGCACUCUAGAGUCCUAUCUAGAUGUCUUAGAAAACGAGGCUACUGAAAUCACCGCCAAUGUUAUUAAGGGGACUGAUGAGGACACUGAUGAUUUGAUGUUGACCUUCCUAUUGGAAGAUCCGCCCUUGUAUGGGGAAAUACUGGUCAAUGGAGUACCAGCAGAGCAGUUUACCCAAAGGGACAUUUUGGAGGGCUCUGUUGUCUAUGCCCAUACCAGUGGUGAGAUAGGCCUAUUACCCAGAGCAGACUCCUUUAACUUGAGUCUGUCAGAUACAUCUCAAGAAUGGAGAAUUGGUGGCAAUGCUAUCCGAGGAGUUACGGUGUGGGUGACCGUCCUCCCUGUCGACAACCAGGCCCCAGAAAUUUCUGUGGGUGAACGAUUUAUAGUAAUGGAAGGUGGUAAAAGUGUUAUAACCUCAAGGCAUCUAAGUGCUGAAGAUGUUGAUUCCCUGAAUGAUGACAUCUUGUGCACUGUAGUGACACAGCCUACCUCAGGUUAUGUUGAAAACAUUUCUCCAGCACCAGGCUCUGAGAAAUCAAGAGCAGGGAUUGCCAUCAGUGCCUUCACUCUGAAAGAUCUCAGGCAGGGCCACAUUAACUAUGUCCAGAGCGUUCAUAAAGGGGUGGAACCUGUGGAGGACCGGUUUGUAUUUCGGUGUUCUGAUGGCAUUAACUUUUCAGAGAGACAUUUUUUCCCCAUUAUAAUCGUUCCCACCAAUGAUGAGCAGCCGGAAAUAUUUAUGAGAGAGUUUAUGGUGAUGGAAGGCAUGAGUCUGGUGAUCGAUACACCUAUUCUCAACGCAGCUGACGCUGACAUUCCACCGGAUGAUUUAACUUUCACUGUUACCCAGUUUCCUACUCAUGGUCACAUCAUGAACCAGCUGAUAAAUGGCACGGUUUUGGUUGAAAGCUUCACCUUGGACCAGAUCACGGAGAGCUCCAGCAUUAUUUAUGAGCAUGAUGACUCUGAGACCCAGGAGGACAGUUUUGUGAUUCAAGUAACAGAUGGCAGGCACUCUGUGGAAAAGGUGGUCCUCAUUAUAGUUAUCUCUGUGGAUGAUGAGACACCCAGAAUGGCCAUCAAUAACGGACUAGACAUAGAAAUUGGAGAAACCAAAAUUAUCAGCAACAAAAUAUUAAUGGCAACUGAUUUAGACUCUGAUGACAAAUCUUUGGUUUAUAUUAUCCGUUAUGGGCCGAGACAUGGCUUAUUACAGAAACGAAAACCUACAGGUGCCUUUGAAAAUAUCACACUGGGCAUGAAUUUUACCCAGGAGGAAGUGGACAGAAACUUAAUUCAGUAUGUCCAUUUUUGGCCAGAAGGCAUUCGGGACCUAAUUAAAUUUGAUGUGACUGAUGGGAUAAAUGCCCUCAUAGAUCGCUAUUUUUAUGUGUCCAUCAGGAGCAUUGACAUUGUCUUCCCUGAUGUGAUAAGUAAGGGAGUGUCCUUGAAAGAAGGUGGCAAGGUCACUCUCACAACAGACUUACUAAGCACUAGUGACUUGAACAGUCCUGAUGAAAACUUAGUUUUUACCAUCACCAGGACUCCCAUGAGAGGUCACUUAGAGUGCACAGAUCAACCUGGAGUGUCCAUUACAUCUUUUACUCAGCUCCAACUGGCUGGCAACAAAAUCUACUACAUCCACACAGCUGAUGAUGAGGUAAAGAUGGACAGUUUUGAGUUUCAAGUCACUGAUGGACAUAACCCUGUCUUCCGGACAUUCCGUAUCUCCAUUAGUGAUGUGGACAACAAAAAGCCAGUGGUCACCAUCCAUAACCUGGUUGUCAGCGAAAGUGAAAACAAGCUGAUCACUCCCUUUGAACUCACUGUUGAAGACAGAGACACUCCUGACAAACUCCUGAAAUUUACUGUCACCCAGGUGCCUGUUCAUGGUCAUCUCCUAUUCAACAAUAGCAGACCGGUUAUGGUUUUUACCAAGCAAGACUUGAAUGAAAACUUAAUCAGCUACAAACAUGAUGGCACUGAGUCAAGUGAAGACAGCUUCUCCUUCACAGUGACUGAUGGCACCCAUACAGACUUCUAUGUUUUUCCUAAUACAGUAUUUGAAACAAGGAGACCCCAAGUGAUGAGGAUCCAAGUCUUAGCUGUUGACAAUAGUGUUCCCCAAAUUGCAGUGAACAAAGGGGCCUCUAUGCUUCGUACUCUGGCCACUGGCCACUUGGGAUUCAUGAUCACAAGCAAAAUAUUGAAAGUAGAGGACAGAGACAGCCUACACGUUUCUCUUAAAUUUACUGUGACAGAGGCUCCUCAACACGGAUAUCUCCUCAACCUGGGCAAAGGCAACCACAGCAUCACUCAGUUUACUCAAGCUGACAUUGAUGACAUGAAAAUAUGCUAUGUCUUAAGAGAAGGGGCUAAUGCUACAAGUGAUAUAUUCCAUUUUGCAGUUGAAGAUGGUGGUGGAAACAAGUUAACCAAUCAACAUUUUCGUCUGAACUGGGCAUGGAUCUCCUUUGAAAAGGAAUAUUACCUGAUCAACGAGGACUCCAAAUUUCUAGAUGUUGUUCUUAAACGCAGAGGUUACUUGGGAGAAACUUCUUUUAUAAGUAUUGGCACGAGAGAUGGCUCUGCAGAAAAAGACAAAGACUUCAAGGGCAAAGCACAAAAACAAGUGCAGUUCAACCCAGGCCAGACCAGGGCCACGUGGAGGGUGCGGAUCCUGAGCGACGGGGAGCAUGAGCAGUCUGAGACCUUCCAGGUGGCGCUCUCAGAGCCGGUGCUGGCUGCCCUGGAAUCCCCCUCAGUGACCACCGUGGAGAUCGUUGACCCGGGAGAUGAGUCGACUGUAUUUAUUCCCCAGUCUGAAUACUCCAUUGAAGAAGAUGUUGGUGAACUAUUCAUUCCCAUCAGGAGAAGUGGAGACGUCAGCCAGGAGUUAAUGGUGAUCUGUUAUACCCAACAAGGAACGGCUACCGGAACUGUGCCGACUUCAGUGUUGUCUUAUUCUGAUUACAUAUCCAGGCCUGAGGACCACACCAGUGUCAUCCGUUUUGACAAAGACGAAAAGGAGAAAGUGUGUCGCAUAGUCAUUAUCGAUGACUCCUUGUACGAAGAGGAGGAAACAUUCCGUGUGCUGCUGAGUAUGCCCAUGGGUGGCAGAGUCGGAUCAGAGUUCCCAGAGGCUCGGGUUACAGUCGUCCCCGACAAAGAUGAUGAACCCGUCUUCUACUUUGGUGACGUCAAGUACUGUGUCGACGAGAGUGCCGGCUACGUGGAGGUGCAGGUGUGGAGAACGGGCACUGACCUGUCCAGGUCUUCUAGUGUCAUGGUGAGAUCUCGGAAAACAGAUCCUCCCUCUGCAGAAGCUGGAGCAGACUAUGUGGGCAUCAGUCGUAAUUUAGAUUUUGCACCUGGAGUCAACAUGCAGACUCUUCGUGUUACCAUUCUGGAUGACCUCGGACAACCAGUGCUGGAAGGAAUUGAAAAAUUUGAACUGGUGCUUCGUAUGCCUGUGAAUGCAGCCCUCGGCGAGCCCAGCAAAGCCACAGUGUCCAUAAAUGACUCUGUCUCUGAUUUGCCUAAGAUGCAAUUCAAAGAACGAGUAUAUACUGGCAGUGAAAAUGAUGGGCAGAUAAUUGCAAUGAUCCACAGGAGUGGGGAUGUCCAGUACAGGUCUUCAGUGAGGUGCUACACACGGCAGGCGUCAGCACAGGUGAUGAUGGACUUUGAAGAACGCCCAAACACUGACAUCUCUACCAUCACUUUCCUCCCCGGUGAGACUGAAAAGCCUUGUAUCCUUGAGCUGAUGGAUGACGUCCUCUAUGAGGACCUAGAGGAGCUCCGCCUGGUACUUGGCACUCCACAAAGCAACUCUCCUUUUGGGGCUGCAGUUGGUGAACUAAAUGAAACUCUGAUAAGGAUCCGAGAUGAUGCUGAUAAGAGUGUUAUUAAAUUUGGAGAAACUAAGUUCAGCGUCACUGAACCCAAAGAGCCAGGAGAGUCAGUGGUUAUAAAAAUUCCAGUGAUUCGCCGAGGAGACACUUCGAAGGUUUCCAUUGUGAGAGUGCACACCAAGGACGGGUCAGCCACCUCAGGAGAGGACUAUCACCCUGUGUCGGAAGAAAUUGAGUUUAAAGAAGGAGAAACCCAGCACAUUGUUGAAAUUGAAGUAAUUUUCGAUGGGGUAAGAGAAAUGAGAGAGGCCUUCACUGUUCACCUAAAACCUGAUGAAAAUAUGAUAGCAGAGACGCAGGUGACCAAAGCCAUUGUAUAUAUAGAAGAAAUGAACAGCAUGGCAGAUGUCACUUUUCCUUCUGUCCCUCAAAUUGUGUCCUUGCUGAUGUAUGAUGACACUUCCAGAGCUAAAGAGAGUGCUGGGCCCGUGUCUGGCUAUCCUGUUGUCUGCGUCACAGCUUGCAACCCCAAAUAUUCAGACUAUGACAAAACAGGCUCUAUUUGUGCAAGUGAGAACAUCAACGACACUUUGACCCGGUACCGAUGGCUGAUCAGUGCUCCCGCAGGCCCUGAUGGCGUGACCAGCCCCAUGAGAGAAGUGGACUUCGACACCUUUUUCACAUCAUCCAAGAUGAUCACGUUAGACUCCAUAUACUUUCAGCCUGGCUCCCGGGUGCAGUGUGCGGCCCGUGCCGUGAACGCCAACGGGAAUGCAGGCCUGGAGCUGAUGAGCCCUCUUGUAACCAUCAGCAGAGAAGAAGGUCUUUGCCAGCCCCGUGUGCGUGGGGUAGUGGGGGCAGAGCCGUUCUCAGCGAAAUUGCGUUACACCGGCCCCGAGGACCCAGACUACUCAAACCUUGUCAAGCUUACUGUCACGAUGCCACACAUAGACGGCAUGCUCCCUGUAAUCUCCACUAGAGAGCUUUCCAACUUUGAGCUGACCCUCAGCCCUGAUGGGACAAGAGUUGGAAACCACAAGUGCUCCAACCUACUGGAUUAUACUGAAGUGAGGACCCACCAUGGCUUCUUGACUGAUGCUACAAAAAACCCAGAAAUAGUUGGAGAGAUGUAUCUUUAUCAGUACAGCUCAGCCAUCCGAGGUUCCAGUACCUUACGCUUCUACAGAAACCUGAACCUGGAGGCCUGUCUGUGGGAGUUUGUCAGCUACUAUGACAUGUCUGAACUCCUCACCGACUGUGGAGGCACUAUCGGAACAGAUGGACAGGUCCUAAACCUAGUUCAGUCUUAUGUGACCCUUCGGGUCCCUCUGUAUGUUUCCUACGUGUUCCAUUCCCCUGUGGGGGCAGGAGGCUGGCAGCAUUUUGACUUGAAGUCAGAGCUUCGUCUAACUUUUGUGUACGACACUGCCAUCUUGUGGAACGAGGGGAUUGGCAGCCCCCCAGAAGCCGAACUCCAAGGUUCUCUCUAUCCAACCAGCAUGCGCAUCGGUGAAGAGGGCCGCUUGGCCGUGAACUUCAAGACGGAGGCUCAAUUCCAUGGCUUGUUUGUGCUGUCACAUCCGGCAUCCUAUACGAGCUCAAUGAUCAUGUCAGCUGACCAUCCCGGGCUUACAUUUUCCCUCCGCCUCCUAAGGAGUGAACCAACCUAUAACCAGCCAGUACAGCAAUGGAGCUUUGUCUCUGACUUCGCAGUACGUGACUACUCAGGCACCUAUACUGUGAAACUGCUGCCAUGUACCACCCCAUCACAUCAGGAGUACCGCCUGCCAGUCACCUGCAACCCCAGAGAGCCUGUCACCUUUGACCUUGACAUCCGAUUCCAACAGGUCAGUGAUCCAGUGGCGGCUGAGUUUAGCUUGAACACCCAAAUGUACCUACUGUCUAAGAAGAGUCUCUGGUUGUCUGAUGGAUCCAUGGGAUUUGGGCAAGAGAGUGAUGUUGCUUUUGCGGAAGGUGAUAUAAUUUAUGGUCGCAUCAUGGUAGAUCCUGUCCAGAAUCUAGGCAAUUCCUUUCACUGCAGCAUUGAGAAGGUGUUCCUGUGCACUGGAGCCGAUGGCUACGUUCCCAAGUACAGUCCAACGAAUGCAGAAUAUGGCUGCUUAGCUGAUUCUCCUUCACUCUUAUAUCGAUUUAAAAUUGUGGACAAAGCUCAGCCAGAGACACAAGCCACCAGUUUUGGAAAUGUCCUGUUUAAUGCCAAACUGGCAGUGGAUGACCCAGAAGCUAUUCUCUUAGUGAAUCAGCCUGGAUCUGAUGGAUUUAAAAUUGACUCAACACCACUCUUUCAGGUCACUCUGGGCCGAGAAUGGUACAUACACGCCAUCUACACGGUAAGAUCAAAAGAUAAUGCCAAUCGAGGUAUUGGGAAAAGAAGUGUGGAGUACCAGUACCACUCUCUGGUGGGUCAAGGGAAGACCCAGGCAACUACCAAGAGCCGGAAGAAGAGGGAGACCAGGAGCACAUCCCCACUGGCGUGGGAAAUCGGUGCUGAAAACAACCGAGGAACAAACAUCCAGCACAUUGCCCUGGACCGCACGCACAAGAGGCAGAUCCCGCAAGGGAGAGUUCCUCCCGACGGCAUCCUCCCUCGCGAGCUCAACAGUCCCGGCUCUGGGUUCAGCCUGAUUAUGGUCGUGGGAGGCAUCGCAAUGGGAUUACUCACCAUCUGCCUCGUGGUCAUUGCCGUGAUGAUGUGCAAGAGCAAGGAGAGCUUCAGAAGGAAGGACGUCCCGAAGGGCUCCAGCAGCAGCGAGCCCAUGAUGCCCCCGCAGAGCCAGCACGGCGACAGCUCAGAGGUUUGAUGACCACAGGUGGAAUUCAACCUUUGCCCCAAGUGCCUCAGAAAAGACGACACAGGAACCCCAAAUGCUUCUGGUAAACAGCAGAGAAUUGGGGACUUCUGGGAUGAAGCUGCUCAAAGGACCUGACUAUACUAAUGUACUUUGAUUUGAAUCCUGUCUACUUUUCAUGCAUCAAAGGACAACUUCAGACCACAUCCUUCCUCUUGCCCAGAAGGUAGCAACAAUGUAGUCACAUGUACACAAAACCAUAGAUGGACCUCAAGGAAUGUGCUUCUCGUGUUAGGCAUAUUCUCUACACCAUGGAGAUGAACCUGUUCAAAGGUGCUAUCAGACUCUCUAAGAAGUUUAAGAGGAGUCUAUUAUUGCUAUGUUAGUGUGAACUUUGAAGGUGCAAUUGUCACAUUGUUUAUUCAUUGUAUAACAGAUUAUUACCAGAAAGGUUUUAAAUGGUCGUCUGGAAGAGUGAUGAAUACACUGUUUAUUAUGACAAGUUUCUAAUAGGUGACGAUGGCAUAGAAUUGUGACCAGGGGUAGCUCAACCCACAAACCACCUUUUCUACUAUUUGGGAAUGAGUGAAAGUAAAGAUAGAGGGAAGGGAACUUGCUCACUUGGAUUCGAAUUGCCUCUCAUCCUCAUCAGAUCCUCCUUGUUUUAUUUGUGUAUUUAAUUUUAAAUUAAACCAAAGAAUAUGUUAAUUCUGGAGGAAGAGAUUUUUAAGAGAGUCUGCUCUGUUUGGGAUAUAUAGUGAGUAAUAGUAGAGCUCUUGCAUGGUAAUAUACUUUAUUGGUGCUCAACAUUUGUGAGAAAUGAGAGGGUUUGGUGACCUUUUUAUGACAAAGAUGCCAUAAAGUUAGAUUCACUACAAGACAAUGUUCUCUAAGAACUGAGCCUAGACAUGUGCAGUAUUGAACCCAUAAAUAAUGAGAAACGUGAUUACAGAUGGUGAAGGGAGAACGUGGUAUUUAUUAAUAUAAUAUGUAUAACCAGAGUGCCUCUUAUACUUUAUAAAAGAACAUUUUGGCAGAUGAUAGAUGAGGUUAACCCUCAGAGUAGCAUAGUCACAUAAUAAUGUUUCGACCUUAAAUUAGCCCAUAGGAGAUUUUAUUAGCUUUCUAAUCAGUAUCUGAUCCUAACAAUGGGAAUCUCUGCAACUGUCUUUCCAUAAAUGGUCUGGAAAGUGGCCAGCAUCAUUGAUCAUGUUCUUUUUUGAUCCAAGAACAAAGCAUCACUCUCUUGCAUCCUCAGUUGAGAGAACUGGUGCAGUGAGCUCCCUCUCAGUUUCUAAAACUACAAUUUGUAACACUGCUUAAUGGUCACUUAACAAAACCAAGGAAAUCGAGGUAGUCUUUCUGCAGAAAUGUGCUUUUCCAAAUGUCAGGAAUGUUAGUUGGAAAAAGAAAACUUCAGUAGUUUAAUGACCAGUCUUCCAAUAGCUAGUAAAUGUAUCUUAAAUAAAAAUAAGGUCAGGAGAAAAAGAAUGAUGUCUAAAGAUCAAUGCUUAGGUGCUGCCUGGAAUCCCUUUCACUUCCAGCCUUUCUUGGCCAAGCUGGUCAUGCUAGUGGAAUAGAGGUUUCUAGAAGGCAAAGUUUCUUCUCAGUUCAUUCACGCACAUCUUAAUUUGGUGUCUGUGAGUACCAACCAUCUCCUAAUUGAUGAAAAAAAAAAGCUACACUGAAAGAGAGGUAAAUGUAUCUAUUACUUGCCUCUCGUUUUUUUUUUUAGGCAGCUCUGCACUUCACAGUCAACGUCUUCUAAAGAAUACAGUAGACUGUAGUAUCUUUCCAUUGGGAAAUUUACAAAUAUCACCUACAUCUCGAAGGUCCACCCAAAGAACUUAUGUAAGUAGAAAGUGCUGUAUAGCCUAGGAGUUCCUUCAUCAAAAUAAAUAGUGGUACAUUCUUAAUUAUCCCCCUUUCUUUUGUUUUAUCUUCUUGCAGAUGCUUAGCUACUUUUUGGUUGCCUCAUAAUUUAUAUGGGAAAGAACAUGAACUAAGCAGCUUCAGAUAAGGUGUGGACUUUUUACUACUUAGCAUUGGGUUCAAUUUAUGUAGACAGAGCAGGUAUUCUCAAUCGACUUUCUGAUACUUUAGUAGGUAAGAGGCUCAGAGCUUGACUCAAGCAAUUUUGACGUCUCUGUCAGUGAAUAUAAUAGUGAAGCACCAUUACAAGAAAUCUGUUUUGAGCCUUUGGACCUGACUGCUUUUAUCCCAAAUUUCACUCUGUAAUGCAUUGUUCUAGUAAGGUUACUGCUAGAGAGCUUAUAUAAGACAAAACAUGUCUCUCCUGUCCUAAGGAAGACAAAUUUCUCCCUCUCUGCCCAUCUCCUCUCUCUCCUUUCUCUCACUUAUUCCUUCCCAUCAUUUCCUUGGGAAAAAAAGAGAGUCUGUGGGAAAUAGGCAGGUACAGUUUUCUUAAGUAUAAAGGACUUGGAUUUUUUGCACCAUUUUCUUGAUAUCUAUUUACUAAAUGUGUAAUUCAAUAUACACGAAUUAUUUAAAAAACUCUUUUUAGUGGGAAAAAAUAAGGCAAAUUUUUUUUGUUAAGUAAAACACACCCUUAUUUUCAGUAUUUUGUUUUUAGAGAACUGUUCUGGUAUUAUCACAACAAAUACAUAAAAUAACUUCCCACAGAGAACAGGAUGUAGGCAAUAAUAGCUCCUUAGAUAUGUCAGUAGCUUUGGACCCCAGUAAGGUCUUGUUGAUAUUACAUAGCACAAAAGACAAAACUAAUAUUACCAUUCGUGGCUCCCCUAAGUGUAUGAGCUAUGAACAAUUAAAACACAGAAGUAUAUUUUAAUAAUGGGCUUAUUUAUUCUCAUUUGUUCCCUUAGUUAACAUUUACUGAAUGCUCUCCUGGGAUAAGUCAUUCCAAGAGAUUACAUAGAAACCAAACUACUCUCCCUGUCCUCUGGCAGGUUAUAAAUGAAUGCAGCACUUUCUUUGGACUAAAAUGUCAGGAUUUGCAUUAGGUUCUCUCCUAGACCAAGAACACACCGGGCAUAUCUGUGAACCACAAUUUAAAAAUGUCUCUAGAGCAUCAAUGCUAGAGUCCACUCUUUUUCAUUUAAAAGAACCCCACAAGUUAUGAAUCAUUUUGAUCACAAAUCUAAUACAAAGUAUUUCAAACUAGUAAUUUAAAGGAAUUGACCUUCGCACACCCACAUAGAGGAAGUACAUUGUAGAGCUGUGGGCGAUACUGCAUAUUCUUUUCCUCUUCGUGGAAGAUGGGCCACUUUAUUCCAAGAAAGGGAUAGCCAUAAACUCUUCUUCCAGUUCUUUAGCAUCAUCAACACCUUCUGAAGUCCACCCUCUCACUUGCAUCCACAAUGUUUGAACAGUAUGAGUAAGGGUCACUUUAAAUUCUGCUGCCAACCCACUGCAUGGCAUUUGUGAUGAGAAGGACCAAGUCUAAGCUCAAUAUGAAGGGAUUCAGUUCUGUAAGCAGCAAAAAUGCUUCUUUAUCAAGUCAUUUUACCUCUAAUUCUUUUUCCAGUAUAGCGACUCCAAGGUCAACAUUAAAAAUGGAAACAAAACUGUGUAAAAAUUACAGAGAGGUUUUCCUCAUACGUAUCCAUGCUAAGAGUUAAAAUGUUUCCACACUGAGACAUGUUAAAGUACUAAUAAUAAAGCUAAAUGUAAUGACAUUUAGAUUUUAAAACUUGAAAAUUUUAUUUCUGCCAAAAUAUCUAUUUAAUAUUAACUUGGAAACCAAUUCAUUCCUUUAAUAGGAAAAAGAAAAAAUAUUUUUAAAGAUACAAGUGUUUUACAAAUUUGAAAUUUUCAUAAUUGUAUUAAUUUGAAAACAAGCAUGUUACUAUUCUUUAAAACUCUUUCAUUUUUCUUGCCAUGAUAGCAAUAAUUAAAAGAUGAAAACAGUUGUCUUCAUUCACUAACCUUAUGGAAAUGAAGGAGACUCAAAUGUUCAAUCAGUCCAGCUUACCAAGACUCAGAAAUGUGUAAUUUGGCAGGAAACUAUAAAUACUAGUGUUAUCACAGACACACACACACACACACACACACACACACACACACACACA